AUGACCGUGGAGACCGAGACGGUAUCGUCGAUCCCCCAGGUGGCCCUGGCCCCGAACUCCAAGAUGGAGAGCAGCAGCGGUACUCUCAAGGCGAAGGCCAGCACGGAAACCAUCAAGCCCAAGAAGGACAAGAAGAAGGUCAGCCGCAAGCAACCGGCCGUGACCACAGCCAUUGGUGAGACACAGCAUCUUCUACCGAGUCCCCAUCCCAGACACUGCCACCAGUACUCGACGUCAACAGUGCCGGCGUCGUAUGGCGCUGUCCUGACCCCCACAAGCAGCCGUGAUCGAGGCCUGCGGGGCGAGGGCAAGCACAGUUCGCGACUGGCCACUGCGUCCAACGCGCGAACACCCAGCGCGGGACUGUAUCACAUGAGCAACUUGCUGACCAAAUCUCGUUCAGGAUCCUCCAAGGCCGACAUUUUUGAAGCCAAGGUGGCCAGCGCGGUUGACGAGGCAGACUCGUCAGACUCUGAAGAGACCUUUGUCUAUGAUUCUAAUCCUCCAGAUGCCGGUGACAGGCCUCGCCGCUAUCACUCGCGCACACCGAGCGCCACGUCGAUGGCCAGCCAGGCCGACCGGAACGCCAUGCGCUCGAUUCAUUCAAUCUUGGAGAACGGUGGUGGCCCGCCCCCCGUCAUCAUGAAGAAGGGCAUGAAAUUCGUCAAUUCCUUUGCCGGUAGCGGUGGCGAGAACCUGACCGCGGGCGAAGAUGAUGGCAAGGGUAGCGGACGAAGCGCCGGCCCGGGCUCAGGCCGAGGGACUGCGCGACAUCACCACCACAACCUUACACACAUUGGUCGAUGGGGCCGAAACCCAGGCAAUACGCACACGUCGUUGUUCGACAACGACUCGCCCUUCCCGAACGCAGCGCGGUCCAAAUUCUCCGGGGUCCAGUCUCGGCAGUCAUCGGGUCCGCCGAGCCCUCGAUUCCUUAACCAUUCGCGAGGGCCUUCCGGUAACGGGAAGAGGCCCUUGGUCUCGGGGCCGUCGUACGACUUGGACGAUCCCACUACAGGUGCCGAUGAUGAGAGGACACCACUCUUGUCGCCGUCUAUGCGCUCCGCGCGAGGCCGAAGCCGACGCACCCCCGCGAGUCUACGACACCUCGAAUCGCAAUCAUAUCGACAGCAGCCUUCGUAUCUGAACCGUUUUGCUGCGUGCCUGGUCAUCACCAUGAUGCUUUUGCUAGUCAUCACCGGCGCGAUCGGCUUCAUGUUCGCAACGUCACAGCCCUUGAUGGACAUAGAGCUCGCAUCCAUCAAGAAUGUGGUGGCUAGCGACCCAGAGCUGAUGUUCGACUUGACGGUCAGAGCACAUAACCCAAAUAUUGUCGUCGUGUCAGUCGACCAAGCAAACAUCGAGGUCUUUGCCAAGUCGCCCCACGCAGGCUCCGACAGCGACUGGUGGAAGUGGCCUCAUGGCCCUGAAAUGGGGGAUGGCACCGACUCUGACAUUCGCGUCAAGGACGACCCCCCCGACGACCUGCCUGACGACGCACCAAACAUGCGCCUCGGUACAAUUACCGAGUUCGAUAGCCCUCUGUCAUUCGAGGGCUCGUUCUUCAACAAAGGCAUGUCUUCCUCUACAGGCGAAAUGCGGCUCAGCCUACCCGGCAACCAUUCCGCAGGCGGGCUCCGAACGCUGGAGCCGCAUUAUCCAAGACGAGUUUGA